AUGAUCAUAACCUAAAAAUUAUACCAAGUUUGGAAGUUUUUGGUCCUUGACAUUUAGGUCACUUAUUAAAAAUUUAUUAAACAAUUUUAAUAAAUUCUAAAGAUGCCCAAGAAGAAAACAGGUCAGAGAAAAAAAGCUGAAAAACAGAAGUUAAGACAAAAAGAAAUAAGAACUGCCAAAGAAAAAAUUCCUUUAGCUGACCAUCCUUGCAAUAUUUCCAUGGAAUGUGAAAAGUGCCAUCGAAAGCAGAAAAGUCGUGCAUUUUGUUAUUUUUGUCAAAAUGUUCAAAGAUUGCCAGUUUGUGCUCAGUGUGGCAAAAUGAAAUGUAUGAUAAAAACUGGAGAUUGUGUAAUCAAACAUCCUGGAAUAUAUACUACUGGAAUGAAUAUGGUGGGUGCCAUAUGUGAUUUCUGUGAAGCUUGGGUUUGCCAUGGUAGAAAAUGUCUUCAAACUCAUGCUUGCACCUGUCCAUUGCAGGAAGCAAUUUGUAUAGAGUGUGAGCGUGGAGUUUGGGAUCAUGGAGGAAGGAUCUUUAAAUGUUCAUUUUGUACUAAUUUUCUUUGUGAAGAUGACCAAUUUGAACACCAAGCCUCUUGUCAAGUUUUGGAGUCAGAAAAUUACAAAUGCCAAUCUUGCAACAAACUGGGACAAUAUUCUUGUCUUAGAUGUAAAACUUGUUAUUGCGAAGAUCAUGUUCGUAGGAAAGGAUUUAAAUAUGAAAAGAAUAAAGCAAUACCAUGUCCCAAAUGUGGCUUUGAAACAUCUCAAACUAAGGAUCUUAGUAUGUCCACACGUAGUCACAAAUUUGGAAGGCAAGGUCAAUCAUCUGCUUACGAUGAUUAUGAUGAUGAAGCUGGAGCAGGUGAUUAUGAUGAUCAGGAUUAUAAUGAUUACGAUUAUGAUGACGACGACGACGAUGAUGAUGACGAUGAUGAAAGCACUGAGGAGUCUUCCGAAGAAGACAGUGAUGAUAACAAUGUUAGUAAAGAUGACAAAUAACUUUGAUAAUAAUAUAUUUAUAUAUUAUACUUACUUGCAUAAUCAAUAAAUAUAUAAAAUAU